GUGCAGACAGACACAAGUUGAAACUUUUCUAUUAAUAGUAAGCGUGAGAUGCGCGCGCGCAGGAGUCGCCAUUGACCGGCUGCGGCGGGCUGUUUCUCUUCAAUUUUAAGUUAUGAUGAGCUCUGAGAGACGCGGGGCGGCGCCUGCGCACGUUAGCAAGCGGCUGUACGCCACGAUCGGCCUUUUUAUCGGAGUUAUUUGUGUUUUCGGAGGGUACAUGUUGGGCCGCAUGACCCUUCCGGAAAUCAGAAGAAGCAAUGAUGUGAUACCUCUGAACCUGACUGUUGCAGCCGACAGCCUGUUCAAGAAGGCCAAGCGGAUAUCACCCAAGGUAAUCCAUCACAACGACCCAGAAAAAAUACAAGCCAAGCUUUUCUCCAUAUUUCAAUGUCAGGCUGAAUGCGGGACCAUCAAUAAAUAUAAUUUAGGUGAUUACGUUAAGAGUUCCAUUAACCACGAAGUUGUAAAGUUAAUGAAAUCAAUUAAUAAUGCAACGACAUAUUUGGAUUCGUUAAGAUGACAUUAUGUAUCUACCUAAUUACUUUUUGCCUAAUAAUUAUUGUGAUACUAAACUGAUAAUACCUAAUAAUAGCAGCAAUGUAUUGAUUAAAAACUAAG